AUGAAUAAAGCCAGAGUGUGGACAGCAGCACCGGACAGCCUGCGGGAAGCCAGACCUGCGGGAAGCCAGCGUGUGGACGGCAGCACCGGACAGCCUGCGGGAAGCCAGUGUGUGGACGGCAGCACCGGACAGCCUUCGGGAAGCCAGCGUGUAGAUUGCAGCACCGGACAGCCUGCGGGAAGCCAGCGUGUGGACGGCAGCACCGGACAGCCUGCGGGAAGCCAGUGUGUGGACGGCAGCACUGGACAGCCUGCGGGAAGCCAGAGUGUGGACGGCAGCACCGGACAGCCUGCAGGAAGCCUGUGUGUGGACAGCAGCACCGGACAGCCUGCGGGAAGCCAGCGUGUGGACGGCAGCACCGGACAGCCCGCGGGAAGCCUGUGUGUGGACAGCAGCACCGGACAGCCUGCGGGAAGCCAGAGUGUGGACGGCAGCACCGGACAGCCUGCGGGAAGCCAGCGUGUGGAUUGCAGCACCGGACAGCCUGCGGGAAGCCAGUGUGUGGACGGCAGCACCGGACAGCCUGCGGGAAGCCAGCGUGUGGAUUGCAGCACCGGACAGCCUGCAGGAAGCCUGUGUGUGGACGGCAGCACCCGACAGCCUGCGGGAAGCCAGCGUGUGGAUUGCAGCACCGGACAGCCUGCAGGAAGCCUGUGUGUGGACGGCAGCACCGGACAGCCUGCAGGAAGCCUGUGUGUGGACGGCAGCACCCGACAGCCUGCGGGAAGUCAGAGUUUGGACGGCAGCACCGGACAGCCUGCGGAAAGCCAGAGUGUGGACCGCAGCACCGGACAACCUGCGGGAAGUCAGAGUGUGGACGGCAGCACCGGACAGCCUGCGGGAAGCCAGAGUGUAGUCCGCAGCACCAGACAGCCUGCGGGAAGCCAGAGUGUAGACCGCAGCACCGGACAGCCUGCGGGAAGUCAGAGUGUGGACGGCAGCACCGGACAGCCUGCGGGAAGCCAGCGUGUGGAUUGCAGCACUGGACAGCCUGCGGGAAGCCAGCGUGUGGGCGGCAGCACCGGACAGCCUGCAGGAAGCCAGUGUGUGGACGGCAGCACCGGACAGCCUGCGGGAAGCCAGUGUGUGGACCGCAGCACCGGACAGCCUGCGGGAAGCCAGCGUGUGGACAGCAGCACCGGACAGCCUGCGGAAAGUCAGAGUGUGGACGGCAGCACCGGACAGCCUGCAGGAAGUCAGAGUGUGGACGGCAGCACCGGACAGCCUGCGGGAAGUCAGAGUGUGGACGGCAGCACCGGACAGCCUGCGGGAAGCCAGCGUGUGGAUUGCAGCACCGGACAGCCUGUGGGAAGCCAGUGUGUGGACAGCAGCACUGGACAGCCUGCGGGAAGCCAGUGUGUGGACGGCAGCACCGGACAGCCUGCGGGAAGCCAGUGUGUGGACGGCAGCACCGGACAGCCUGCGGGAAGCCAGUGUGUAGACCGCAGCACCGGACAGCCUGCGGGAAGCCAGCGUGUGGACGGCAGCACCAGACAGCCCGCGGGAAGCCUGUGUGUGGACAGCAGCACCGGACAGCCUGCAGGAAGCCAGCGUGUGGACGGCAGCACCGGACAGCCUGCGGGAAGCCAGAGUGUGGACGGCAGCACAGGACAGCCUGCGGGAAGCCAGAGUGUGGACGGCAGCACCGGACAGCCUGCAGGAAGCCAGCGUGUGGACGGCAGCACCGGACAGCCUGCGGGAAGCCAGCGUGUGGACGGCAGCACCGGACAGCCUGCAGGAAGCCAGCGUGUGGACGGCAGCACCGGACAGCCUGCGGGAAGCCAGCGUGUGGACGGCAGCACCGGACAGCCUGCGGGAAGCCAGCGUGUGGACGGCAGCACCGGACAGCCCGCGGGAAGCCAGCGUGUGGACGGCAGCACCGGACAGCCUGCCGGAAGCCAGAGUGUAGACCGCAGCACCGGACAGCCUGCGGGAAGCCAGCGUGUGGAUUGCAGCACCGGACAGUCUGCGGGAAGUCAGAGUGUGGAUGACAGCACCAGACAGCCUGCGGGAAGCCAGCGUGUGGACGGCAGCACCGGACAGCCUGCAGGAAGCCAGCGUGUGGACAGCAGCACUGGACAGCCUGCGGGAAGCCUGUGUGUGGACUGCAGCACCGGACAGCCUGCAGGAAGUCAGUGUGUAGGCCACAUUCUGGUGAGCAGCACCCGGACAGCCUGCAGGGAACCAUUGUAUGGAUCAGAUGCCAGGGUGCAGCACCAGACAGCCUGAAAAAAGCCAGUAUGUAGGUCAGGUACCCUGGUGCAUGUCUGUGGUCCCAUUUCCUUGGGAGUCUAAGGAGGAAGGAUCACAAUUUCUGGGCAACCUUGGGCAACUUGGUGAGACCUUAUGUCAAGAAAAAUAAUUCAAAUUCAAAAUGUGGAGAGCAAAUGGAUAGAAGUUUGGCCUUCCUAUUGGUUUCCUUUCUAAUCUUUAUGAUCACUAGCCCAAACAUGAUUUUUUUAAAGACUCCUUGGAGCUGUAAAGCAAGUCUAAAAUAGAUAUAGCCAAAUAAUGACAAACCAGAAAACAUUAUGGGUGAAAGAUACUUAGUCACCACUGAAGAGUGUAAGAGUUAUGGGAGAGGAGGGACUCGCAAUGAAGGUAGAAGAUUUAUUGGUAUCAAAAGGGCAAUAGAAGACAUGGCUUACCACUAAUGACCUUAAAAAUUAAUGACAAAGGACCCAUGAGAUAGCUCAGUGUGUAAAGACAUUUUCUGCCAAGCCUGACAAUCUGGACUCAACCCCCAGAAGCCAAAGGGCAGAAAAGCAAGACUCAACUCCUGUAAGCUGUCCUCUGACAACACACACUCACACACACACACACACACACACACACACACACGCAGAGUAACACUCACAUGGGUAUACACAUAUGCGCCAAUGAAUCUACCAACCAAUCAAUAAAAAUAAAGAAGUAAAUGAAUAAAUUUAAAACUGUUACAUUGAUAAUAAAUUACAUUUUCCAGUUCAAAACACAAAAGGACUACAUAUUUUGUUUGUUUGUUUAAGAUGCAACUACAGGCAGCUUUGCAGACGCUCAUGUCAUCUCUUGGGACACAGUCUGUAGACAAAGACUUGUGUGAGAGCCUGUGCCCAAAAAGCACAAAUUCAGGAGGACGGAAGAAAACCAAAGCAAGCUGGACUUCCAGGUCUGUCUCGGGGACACUCGGGGGAAAUGAGGGAAGAUCCUCUAAGCAACAAGAGUUGUGAGGCUAGCCCAUAAGGCAAGAUCCUCUAAUCAACAAGAGUUGUGAGGCUAGCCCCAUAAGGCAAGAUCCUCUAAGCAACAAGAGUGGUGAGGCUAGGCCACCACUGAUCAUUUCCAGGACAGCAAGCAUUCAAAAACCAGGCCUGCUCAUUCCAGCAGACACAGGCUCUGACCAGAGAAAGCAGGACUCUCUGGUGCUUAGUCAGUAGGAUUAUUUCAGUUGUGGUCUCCGGCUGUCCACAGACAUGGCUGCCAGGCCCCACUGCCUGGAGAAACUACAGCCAUGCUGAAAGUCAUUAGCUGAUUAAUGGUCGUGGUUGGCUAACCGAUAAGCCCACCAAAAAGCUCUCUUUUCUUUUCUUGUUUUGAAGAACGUAUCGUGCUGAGUACUGACAUAUUUUCAAACUUAGAGGAAACGAUGGGAGAACGACGGUUUUCAUCUACAUCUCCUCCCAACUUUCUAGUCAGUUUAAAGGGGUUAUACCCAAACCAGCUGAUCUUUCCCUCCCAGCACAGCUUCAGUGUCUACUUCAAACUUCAGCAAAGGAUCUUCACAAACCAUAUUUAUAGUUAAGGCUUGCAAACUUAAAUAGAUGUCCUUAACAAAAUAGUAACACUCUUUAGAAAAAUAGGCAAAGGUUAUUUGCCUAUAUGUUGUCAGUUGAAAAUGGAAGCACCACUGAUUGACAAGAGCAUAAAUUUCGGCCUCCAGGAUAAUUAAAUAAAAAUCUCAAAUGCCAAGCUCAGUGCUUAGGGCUUUGCACACUUAGCACACAUUCUGUGUGUGAGCAUGUGUGUGCAUUCAUGGGGUACUGAUGUGUGUGUGUGUGUGUGUGUGUGUGUGUGAUACUGGGUACUGAACUCAGGGCCUUGAGCUUGCUAGGCUCUCUCUCUCUCUCUCUCUCUCUCUCUCUCUC